UAAAAGGCUAUUUAGCAUGGCAGCUAGUAAGAUGAGAUCGAUAAAACCCUUUUUCGACCCGUUUUGCUGGUCAUCAUCCAUUAACCAUACGGUGCCAAAGUGAACGUCGUUAAAUUUCUUCUGAACUGCUGUCUAAGUACCAUGAACAUUGUUUCAUUUGUUUAGUUGAAGGCUCUGAAAUUUAACUUCUUCAAGUGUAAAUUUUGUGGAGGUGAAAACGUUUCCUCGCCUAAAUGAAGGUCAACACUACGGUAUUAGUAUUUGCAUAACGUUGUUGUACAAUUAUAAUACGCAGGGGCGUAGCUAGGGGAGGAGUGCAAGGGGUACGCACCCCACCCCCCCGGCCCUGAGAUAGGCUGCGGCUUUCUGACAUAGUUUAAUUGUUCUACAAAAUCUGUUGUAUCGUUUGCUAUGUAUUCUUAGAAGUUCACGUUAUGUUAUUGUCUUGUCAUAAGUCUUCUUUCUUAUUUUUCGCGUUUAGAAUUUGUUUAGGUACGUCACCCAUCGGCUAGGUCUUUCCUUAGUUGUGCACCCCCUCCUAUGAAAAACGCUGGAUACACGCCUAAUACGACAUGCCUGUUAACACUUCGUUUGCUUUUUUGACUUCGUAACGCAAUUUAGCAUUAAUUAUUCUAAUAGCAACUCCGUCCAACGGGUAAAAUGGCAAUAUCUCUGUUUCAUAUUUAAUGAAAGGACAAAUUAAACGAGUGGUUAGGUUCCUUAUUCUUUAGCUUGCAUUUAGCUCUCUGUGAAGAAAAAGGGUUUUUUUUUUAAGAAUUUUUGGUAUUUUAACUAAAGCGUAAAACUAAGAAAAUGUAUUGCAGAAAAAAAUGAGCGUAAUUGCGGAAUAUUUACAACGUAAUGAAUUGGUAACAAGCCAAAGAAAGAGAGCAGUCAUCCAAACAAAACCAUUAUUGAACCGCAUCAGUUGAAGAAGAGUGUUUGAAAGAACAUUUUUCAGUAAUCCUAUCAUGAAGAAUCGGCAAUCCAAAGUGUAUGGGGCCACUGAAACGCUGGUCAGUAAAAAUAAUAACCAAAGGGAAAGUGACAGGAACAUCGUACCAAACAAACACGAAUUUGGGGAGGAAACUCACAUUUUAAACGACUUGGUAAAUUUUGACAAAGUACCUUCGCUUUUUCACCAACCGUAUAUAAUAUCGAGCUAUCGCAAGUGUGAUUCAUCCGCUUGGUAUUGUUUCAAAAGCUUGUUUCAAGCCACUAACGAGACGAUCAACAUCUGGAGUCAUCUUUUGGCGUUUGCUGUUUUCGCGCUUCGCUUUGCUUCAGUAUUCACAAAACACAAGUCAUUAGAAGAUACGUUCGUGUAUCCGCUGAUCUGCUUCGCAUUCGGGAUUUGUGUAAUGCUCGCCAUGAGUGUCGGCGCGCACUUGUUCAACUGUAUGUCCAUUAAGGCUUGUCACGUCUGCUUCUUCUUCGAUUAUGCUGCCAUUAGCAUAUACACCUUCACAGCCGGUCAAGUGUUUUAUUUUUAUUCCAGGCCGUUGAACACAAAUUGGAUGAUAUUCAACAUUCCUGCUCUGUUCCUUGGCAUCUCCGCCGCCAUUUCUUUCACAUCCACGUGGGCGUGUUGCUACUCGUUCUGCAGCAGAAGUCGUUUCGAUGCAGCUUUAAAAGCGGGCACUUACAUUAGCUCCUGGCUAUUUAACACUUCACCUUAUUUGACAAUGUUAUCAUUAUGUAGCACAACAUUAACUUGUCGUCACUGCUUAUUCUACGCGGGCGGGACGCUUGCGUAUGUCUUCCGCGUCCCGGAACGUCUAAUGAUUGGCGUUUUCGACGUGGUAGGGCACAGCCAUCAUUUUCUUCAUAUUCUGUGCGCAAUCGGUGCAGCAGAUGAGUUUUCAGCUGUUGAACUGGACAUGCUGCAGAGAAAGGCAAUAAUCGAGCCACUCCCAGGACCCACAUUCUCAAACAGUAUUUUGUUAACGAUUUUAGUCGUUCUUGGAAACAUCUCUGUAGUACUGUUGUGUACAAGGAAACUAAAUCUACCGAAACACUGACUAGACCUUAGUUUAAUGUGAUAAAUAAGUUUCUUCAGGAAAACUGUCUGAUGAUGUCCUUCACUGUUUGUCUCAUUUCUCGCAUCCUCCAGCAGUACAGAAAAGGAUUUAGAGCCGAGUUAAACAAGGUAAGAGAUAUCGUUAAAGACCUAGUUCAGUAAAGUGGGAGUGUCUUCAAACCGGUGAUAAUCAUGAAACUUGAGAAUACGUCAUAAGGAAGAAAACAAGCCAGUAGUUUCAUUUGAACCCACUUUGCUGUGGACACUGUGGUUUUGUAUCGCGUUUUAUUCAGUUAAAUUCCUUCUCCAUUUGGUUGACAUCGGUGACCUUGGUCUUGUCUUUGUGCUCGAAAGGGACGAAUUUUGCCGUAAAUCUUGGUGUAGCAGGAAGCUGAGAUUAUUAUGCAAAAUAAAAAUACUGCACAGGCGAUGCUUACAGCAACAUGGGGGGUGUAAAAUAUCAUUACUGCUACAGAGAUGCUGAAGAAUCAAAGAGUAACAACGAGGGUCCUUACCCGCCUCACAGUCACUACCUGUUUGUAUCUCAGACCCAGGAAGAGAGCAAGAAGUAUGUCUACAUUCAUUGCAGUCAUUGUUAAUAAAGUUACCCUGCUGGACAACAAGCUCGUGAUGAUAAAAGGAACCAGAAGUAGUAGCAGUCCUUCGAGUGGUAUGGCCGGACAAAUGAAUUGCACUACGUAGAGGAUGUCAAAUGAGGCCUACGUCCAGAUCUGUGCAUGCAGGGCAGCCUGGAAAAACGUUCGACGACGGAUGGCAACGAGACCUUCUGGAGAGCAACAAUAAUCAAAAUAUUUCUUAUAAAUGCAGUGAUGGUUAACAGAAACGACCCAAAGUUAAAUGAAUAUCUCCUGACUGAACUGUUCCAAGAACUGAAGCGCGAGAGAAUUCUUUGUUAGAUUUCCAUCUUCAGUUGAAUUUGCAAUUGACAUCGACAAUUUCACUCAGGCGAAUUCGCUAUGGAAGAUGUUGUUUGACACUUACCCGUCCAAAAACGAUGAAAAUGGCGGUUAUUGGAAACGUGCUGUGGGUCUCACCCUCCUCGAACGGCGUACGUCGUGAAAGAAAACGAUUCUACAUUAAGGGAUAAUCAGAUAUGUGGAGAGCUGUCUUAUUUUUUAUCUAUGCUAAUAAAGAAAACGAGAAAAUGUUAACUAUCGAUCCUAUCACCCAGCGAGAAAGGC